UAUUUUAUUUUUAUAUUAUAUUUGCAUUUGACAUAUUUACAUACAACAUAUAAUGCAAUGCAUUUAAUAUACAAGGCAAUAAUAUUAUUAUUCGUAUUUACCGUACGGGAUCAGCAGUUUUUACUCACAAUCCCACAAUGCAUUUCACUUCCUGGAUACCACUGACAACGCCAUGUAACCAAGCAUGGCGGCGUUGUGUUGUCUUCUUAUUUUAGCAUUUUUAAAAACCGCCCUGUGCAUUGAACACGCGAAUACCACCGAAAGCAUUAAUAUCACACUAAAGGAUGCAAACGACACAUUUUCUGACCGGGAAGACUCGCUUAAUUUCACGGAGUUGGGAAUCACUCCCACUCCGUCUUCUUUCCCAGAUUCAUCCGAAUCUGUGACAGCAUUUCCCGAUCAAACCGAGUCCACAGACACUUCUAUCCCCAACACGACCCCCGAUGUACCGCGAUCAGCACUGCCCCUGCCCGUCUCUGGUGUCCUCCCUGUUCCGGUAAUUGAAGUCGUCAAAUUGUGUCCAUGCAACUUACAAACUGGUCAGUGUGACAUCAACUGUUGCUGUGAUCCAGACUGCACAGAGGAAGUGUCCCUAUUCACUGACUGUUCAAUAAAGACAGUCAGUAGUGACCCCAGAUUGUGCCAAAAGGAUACAGUUGUUUAUUCCAUCAACACCACAGCAGAUGGUUUGUCUCGUGUCCAGUCGUCUGUUCAGCAGGAGGUCAACCCUGAUGUCUUCUGCAUUCAAUCUGCCAACUAUGAAGAAGGAAUGUCAUUUGGCGCUCCUGAAAUUCCCACUGAGGAAAAUUUCGACUCCCUUUUUGGUCAAUUUGUGGGAUUUUUCUUCGGCCGCUCCAGGGACACCAGUGCACAGAGCUCUGCAAUAGGAAAUGUUCCAGGAUAUCUGUGCGGUGAUGUCAUGCAAACAGUGAAUGAGGCUGGUGAGCAGGAGUCUUUCCCCUUUCCUGCCUCUGCGGCUACAGCUCACUGCUUAGAUGCAAACCCUGCAGCUUUUCUCAAAGACCAGACAAGCAGAUGUGUGAGAAGCUUUGAUUUGGGACAGGAUUGCUCAUCACUCGAGGCUCUAGACCUCAGAGCCUAUAUCACUUUCAAGAUCCGUACUGGAAAGAAUGAAGAAGCUAAAGUUAUAGGUGCGGAAGUGUCCGCCAUCACCCUGGAAUCUUUGGAAGGCACGUGGACGUCAGUGGACCCUGCUGAAAGUGCUGUCUAUUUCCCUGUGCUCCUGGAGUCUGGUGAUGUCUGCAACAAUGUUGUAAAGCAGGUGAAAUACAUAUUUAGGUACAGUGAAGCUGGUGAAAUUCUUAGUGUAAUGGCAUCAUUUUUGCUGGGAGCCAUUAAAAGCAUCAUGGUGCCCAUACAACAAGAGUUUCAGAUUACAUUCCUGCAGGAGAUCACAAGCACAGCAGGGAUGAGAUUCAGUGGCAAUCCUGGUUAUGUGGUGGGACUGCCUCUUGUGGCAGGAACGAGAACAGCAGAUGGAGUUGUUCAGAGCACUGACCCAAAAGGUUCACUAACUAUCCUCCAGAACUCUGGAGAGCAGGAUUGCUUGCUCGGCUCGUCCCGGCGGUCCCCUGUCCUGUUCGGGAUAGACAUGGUAUCGGGCUGCACUUUCAGGCUUUCUGAUGCAGUUAAUUGUUCCUUGUUAUCUGAAGUCAUUUUGUCAGUGCUGAAAGGACAGAACUUCCCUGACCAUGUGGCCUCCUUUGGAAAUUCCCUGCCUCAAAACACUCUGGACUGGGUCCCAAUACAGAUCCAAACCAUAACAACGAGCACGCAAACAUGCAGCAUCCCACAGUCUUACCACCUUGAAGUAAAGUGGACCAAGUAUGGAACCUUGGUGAAUCCCCAGGCUCACAUCGUAAGCAUCAUGGAAACAGUCCUUACUAAUACCAGUAGUUUGGCCCUGCUUACCAGUGCUGGUGGCCUACUGUCUGUCACAGCCUCUGUGAGCUUUGUUGACGUGUCUGCGUCUCCCAGUCCAGGAUUUAAAGUUCCUCCCACAAUUGAUGCUAAAUUACCUGUUGACUUCUUCUUUCCAUUUGUAUGAUUUAAAAUUAAG